AUGUUAUCAGCAACACUUGGCGCUGGAGAGUACAGGAUUGCACUGUUAAUUGGCCAGCAAAACUAUGUGGAUGCGAGCUGGAACAAGAAGGACAAUCAGAUCAAGUACUGCCACCGGGACAUAGAAGAGGUGAAUUACAUGCUGACCGUUUCCUGUGGCUUUGAUAAGGUCAUCCCCUAUCGUAAUGCCACCCACGGGCAGGAUGAUUUUAGUACCCUCAUGACGCAGCUGACGCAAGAAAUCAAACCAGCAAAGAAAGUGCUUGUGCUUGUCUACUAUGCCGGCCAUGCUGUCAGCAUUGCUGGGCAGAGCUUUCUCAUUCCGGUGGAUGUGACAGAAGGCGACCUUGGCAAAUAUGUCAACGUAUACGAGUUCUUGCAGCCUUUGCAUGAUCUCAUCUCUGAGCGCUGUGAGGCUCGUGCUAAGCGCACUGCGAAGAGGCUGAGUGCAGAGCCCGUGCCAGGGGCGGUUGCACUUUUGAUCCUUGAUGGGUGCAGAACUGCCCCGUCAACAGGUGAAGUGAGUUCUCAGGCCGAACCUGCCGGUGCCGAGCAAGAGAUGGUGCACAGAUUCGCGGAUGGAAUCAAACCCACAAAUUCGCAGUUCUGUUUUCUCCUUGCCUGUGAUGAAGGCUCUGGAGCAAGAGAGUGCGAGACGACCAAGCAUGGUUUUCUUAGCGAAGCUUUUUUGCACUGUGUUGAAGCAUUUCCUGGCAUCGGCCUUCCAGAUCUGUUCGAGCGGAUUGUUCAGCGAUGUGAAGAACGCACUGGAUAUAAGCAGCGCCCUUGGGUCUACAGCUGCUGCCGCAGCUUGUCUGACACAGUGCUUCGUCAGCGAGCCCGCCCAAGAGCAGCAUUCCCGGCUCCAGCGUUGCGCAAAGAGGACCUUGAUCGGUUAUGCCCGGACUCUGCAGUGCUGGGAACAUUGCAGGCGUGCGUAGGCCAGAUUGAGGACAUGACCAAGGCUUGUCAGGCACCGGAACCGCAGGAGCUGCAGACCAUGCUCGAGAUGGUGCAGGCUUUAGUUGCGCGACUGCUCCGCAUACAAGAAACACUCAGUCAAGAGACUCUGUCUGUUGCUGUUUCCUUGAUGAAGGGUCUGCAAUGCCUUCUCCCACAACAAAAAGCAGUAGCCGCCCUGGUGACUCGGGUGCGUGCCUGUGCAUGGCAAGAAGCUGCUAGGCGUCUCUGCUCAGAGACCGCCCUUGCCUCUGACGUCCAGCGUGGCAUCAAUGAAGGGAGAGAAUUGUUAGACCAAACGUCGGUCACGGUGGCUGUGGUUGGUCCAACUUCGUCUGGCAAGAGCACACUGGUCAAUGCCUAUUUCGGACGCAUGAUUUGUCCAAUGGGCCAAACUCCCAAGUCAUUGUUGCCUGUGGCUUUCACCGCAAGUGCCGGCGUGUCCAGAUUCGAAGUUGUUCCACAGGGGUGUGGGCUUCGUGGCUACUUGGCCCCACAGCUGGAAAGCAUGAAGCUCCGGGAUCUCACAAGUGAUGAGGCCCAUGAACUUAUCAAUUGCUGCAAUGAGACCAUCAGAAGACUCAUCGCGGAUGGCGAGCUUAGCCCAGAAAGUUUGCCAGACUUUAGUUCUUGGCACAUGGAAGUGCUGGUGCCCGUGCCAACCUCAACGCAGUGCUUUUCCAUAGUGGAUUGCCCAGGGGGUUCAGAGGGAGGAAGCCUUGGCGAAGCUGCCAGUCAGUUUCUGCAAUACCAGACUCGCGAGGCUUCUCUCAUCCUACUGGUGAGCAAACCGGACAGCUUGGCACCUUUCUCGGAUCACAACACGGCCACUGCUUUCUUUGGCGGCUCCUUCCCCCACAAAGAUGUCUUUCUGGUUGUCACCCAGGUGGAGCAACUCAAAGCGCGUGAUAAAGCUAAGGAGUGGCUGGGACAGAACAUGUCUCGCCUGAGUGAAAUGCAGGUCAGACGGCAAUAUUUUCUCAAUGCGGGUGCCCUGUUAGCAUACCAAAUCUGUCAGGAAAGAGGUUGGGAUGUGCUACCGGCGCAUGCCUCGGCAGAGUUUGAGCAACAUCUACAGGAGAUUGAACUCUGUGUUAAGACAGUCUUGCCAUGCCUUGAUGUCAUCAAUGAUGUUGAUGAGUACGAGUCUGACCGCCACUUAGUUUGGAAGAGGCUUCAGACCCAGCACAAUCAGACGUGGUCGGGCAACAGCAUUUUCAGGAAUGAGUUGGAAGGACACAUCUGCCGCACAUGGCCUGACCUGUUUUGCGGCAAGAUUCGUAGUUUCGUUCUGGAUGCCUUAGAGGACCCAAUGCAACGACUUCGCCAAGCUGUGCAACACGCAGAGCUGGCUCAACAGGAGGCACACAACCUCAAGCAGAAAACCCAGGAACUUCUUUUCCAAAAUCAGUGGAGCAGCCAUGCGGAGCAACUCCUGUCAGUGGCGAAAGAGAACACCAUGACGAAUGUCAACCUUUUCUGCGACAUCAUUGACAACGGACCAGAGGAUUGGUUCAAUCCUACUUGCAGGUCAGAGUUUUGGAAUUUAAUCGAAACUAUCACUAACGCUGAUGUGGCUGCUUCCUGUAAGAAGUGCAAUUUUCAUACCACCAGCAAGUACGUGACUGAAGGGUUGCGCUUUGACACAAUAGCCGACGCAAAGCCCUUUUUGACAAGUUUCGGACAGUGGGUUUGCCACAUGACGCACGAGGAGUUGGACCCUUUGUACGAUCUACUUCAGGAAACCCUCGAUCAGCUGAGGGCUCAAGGCUUACCAAUGCUUGUGCCCAGAUCGAGGCGAGAAGCGAACGAGACUUCGCUCAUGCAUGUCCCGGAUGGUGCACUCCGCAGCAUCGCACCAAAGGACCGCGUACUCCCUGUUGCCUAUACUGCAGCUGCUGCGGCUGGAACUCUUGGGACUCUUGGAGCGGCGGGUGGUUUUCUUGCCACAGCCGUCGUUGCAAUUCCUGCAGCAGUUGGCACUGCAGCGUACCGUGGAGACAAAUUUGGAGAUCGUUUCGUGGGCGACGCGCUUUAUGGGUGGUACCAGCACUUUUGCGGUAGUGACUUCGUCGAUAUCCGUGGAGAGCAUGUGCGCAAGCUUGCCGAGGAAGAAGUGACGAAGGAGAUGCACAAGACAGGAAAUGAGGUUCUGAGGGAGCUUGAGCGGGCGAAGGAGGCAUUGAACACCUCAGCCGAGACGCGGGUGCAGGCCGCUGAAGAGGCACUGCAGCAAUCAAGAAACAUGCUCAAGGCCUCAGCAAAUGCCAAGGAGUCGCUUUGCUUGAUUUAUGUAUGA